CUUUUCGUCCCUCUUAUUUGACCAUUACAGUGGGCUGAGAGCCUGAGACACACAGCACUUCCCAUCCCUCUUAUUUGAACCAACAAUACAUUAUUUAAAAAAAAUCUAGAUCCUUUGCUCUUCAAUAAAACCCACAUCGUUGAUUCUUUUCGGUAGACUUCAUUUUUUAUCAAACCCAUUUUCAGAUAUAAAUUUGGGAUAGGGUUUUGUGUUCUUAUCAGAGAAACAGAGAUGGGAAGUUCAGAGUUUUCAUGGAAAUUGGCGGAUCAUCCAAAGCUGCCCAAAGAUAAGAUUUUGGCUAUGAUAGUGCUUGAUGGUUGGGGUGAGGCCAAUCCUGACAAGUACAAUUGUAUCCAUGUUGCUGAAACUCCCGUCAUGGAUUCCCUCAAGCAGGGUGCACCAGACAAGUGGAGGUUGAUUAGGGCUCAUGGAACAGCUGUUGGGCUUCCAUCAGAGGAUGACAUGGGCAACAGUGAAGUUGGUCAUAAUGCUUUGGGUGCAGGCCGUAUUUUUGCUCAAGGAGCGAAGCUUGUUGAUAAUGCUCUUGCCUCUGGAAAAAUCUUUGACGGUGAAGGUUUUAAUUAUAUUAAGGAGACUUUUGAAACAGGCACGUUGCACCUCAUUGGGUUGCUGAGUGAUGGAGGUGUACAUUCUCGGCUUGAUCAGUUACAGUUGUUAUUGAAAGGAGUUUCUGAUCAUGGUGUCAAGAGAAUCCGUGUUCAUAUUCUUACUGAUGGGCGUGAUGUCUUGGAUGGUUCUAGUGUUGGCUUUGUAGAAACCCUUGAGAAAGAUCUUGAAUUGUUACGGGGUAAAGGUAUUGAUGCACAAAUUGCAUCUGGUGGUGGUCGCAUGUAUGUUACAAUGGAUCGUUAUGAGAACGAUUGGGAGGUUGUGAAACGAGGUUGGGAUGCCCAAGUGCUUGGUGAAGCCCCAUACAAGUUCAAGAGUGCCGUUGAGGCUGUCAAGACAUUGAGGGCGGAAACCAAGGCUAAUGACCAGUAUUUGCCUCCUUUUGUUAUUGUGGAUGACAAUGGUAAGGCUGUCGGUCCAGUUGUUGAUGGAGAUGCUGUUGUAACUUUGAACUUCAGAGCUGAUCGUAUGGUUAUGCUUGCAAAGGCAUUGGAAUAUGAAAAUUUUGAUAAGUUUGACAGAGUUCGAUAUCCAAAAAUUCGCUAUGCUGGUAUGCUUCAGUAUGAUGGAGAGUUGAAGCUUCCUAGUCAUUACCUUGUUUCUCCACCAGAAAUCGAUAGAACAUCUGGGGAAUAUUUAGUUCACAAUGGUAUCAAGACAUUUGCUUGCAGUGAAACAGUCAAGUUUGGACAUGUCACCUUUUUCUGGAAUGGUAAUCGCUCGGGUUACUUCAACCCUGAAAUGGAAGAGUAUGUUGAAAUUCCUAGUGACAGUGGCAUUAGUUUCAACGUGAAACCAAAAAUGAAGGCUUUAGAGAUUGCCGAAAAGGCCAGGGAUGCCAUUUUGAGUCGCAAAUUCCAUCAGAUUCGUGUGAACCUACCUAACGGGGAUAUGGUUGGCCAUACUGGGGAUGUAGAGGCUACAGUUGUGGCUUGCAAGGCUGCUGACGAAGCUGUCAAGAUGAUUCUUGAUGCAAUUGAACAAGUUGGUGGAAUAUAUGUCGUUACGGCCGAUCAUGGUAACGCUGAAGACAUGGUGAAAAGGGACAAGAAAGGGCAGCCUCUACUCGAUAAAAACGGAAACAUCCAAAUUCUAACUUCACACACAUUACAACCGGUGCCCAUUGCAAUUGGCGGCCCCGGCCUUGCUCCUGGCGUUAGAUUUUGCACGGAUGUACCUGAUGGUGGUCUAGCCAAUGUCGCUGCCACGGUGAUCAACUUACAUGGACUUGAGGCACCCGGUGAUUAUGAGCCAACUCUUAUCGAGGUUGUAGACAAUUAGGCUACACAAUUUUUUCGGAAUUGGAUUGUUUUGUGAAAUUUGUUUUUGCUAAAGCCUAAAGGUAUCAUGCCAUAGGACUUGCUUCAGAUUUAAGGUCAAUAAGACCCUUCCAUUGCUAUAAAUGGAAGUCAUUUUGAGGUUUAUUAUUUCCCUCUUAUACAAGACACCUAAUAAUACAGCCCAUGGAGGGUGUUCCUUUUUUCCA